UCUCUGGGGCGCCACAAACAUUCAAGUUUUCAUCUACUUUCAGACACACAGGGGCACAGGGAUGACAUUCUAUAAGCUGGCCGUUGUUUGGCUUUGGAUAAUUGAUGCUCUGCAUUGUGCCUUGAUCGUCUAUGGCAUCUAUGAUCAUUUGGUGACCAACUACGCGAACAUUCCUGCCCUCCAAGAAAUUAUAUGGAGUGCUAAACUUCAGGUCCCGGUUGAAAUUUUCAUCGCUUGGUCGGUAAAUCUUCUAUAUGUUCAUCGCAUAUGGAUAGUCAGCAAGGGCCGAUCAAGAGCUCUCCCUAUAAUCGUGAGCAUACUCGUCGUCCUAGGUUCAGGUGUUGCCAUCAGUCUUAUUUGGGAAUUAUACCAGUGCCACGUAUUCGCCGAUUUAAUUAGAAUCGACUGGGCGAUAUACUCAACGUUGGGCACAACUACUUUUCUCGAUAUCCUGAUUGCAUCAUCGUUGUGCUAUCUCCUCGCUACCUCUCGUACUGGGUACUCUAACACCGAUUUCUUUGUGACAAAGCUCAUGGGUUACACAAUUAGUACUGGCUGUCUGACGAGUAUAUUUUCAUUGAUGACUAUCAUAACAUUUGCAGCGAUGCCGAGAAAUUUCAUCUACCUUGGUGUCAAAAAUUUGGAGGCGACAUCAUAUGUGAACUCGUACAUCGCACUCCUGAACGCCCGAUACUACCUACAGGCCAAUGCGGACAUUAUCGAUUCCUCCGAAUUUCAUAAACCCCACGGCGUUUCCCGCUCGGAGCUGCGCAUUAGUGCGUCGGACUCACAAGACAAUAAAUAUCCGGCACACCGAAAGACUGUAUUCGAACAACUCGACGAUGGUGUGCUACAUCUCACUCGACCCGCUGAGGUUGCCAUGCGGCCGAUUGCGGCGACGAUGGAAGUGGAUUAUUUCUCGUCGGUGUAAUAAAUUUUUUAUGCAUGGAUGGUUCUCUGUUCGUCUCCUCACGGGAUAAAAGAUGAAUUCGCUAAUCACUUACGUGAGUUAUCACAAUGGUGGAACGAGAGGAAUCGGUCCACUACGUGCCUAUAUAUAUAUAUAUAUAUCUUCAAAUUUGGGGCCUCGUUCUGUUGCACGAGCUAAUGUACUUAUAUGUACUUAUCCCAUACGUGAGUUGACACGAAUUAGAC